AUGUCCGAAACUACCGACGUACAAGCUUUGGAGAAAAUAUCGACAGAGGUUGGAGAUUCUCAAAUAAAAAUUACUCUCUCAAGCCAAUGCAUAAAAGCGCAAGCCUUUUUAGUUGACAGACUUCGAAAACAAAGUGAACGUCAAAAAGAGAUUUGUAAUUUAAUGAGCAAGGAUAAUUUGAAAUUACAGGUGGAAAUAAGGCAGGCCGAAUUUGAAAUCAAAAGUUUGUUAGAGGCGAAAGAAACUAUUAAAUCAUCAAAUGUAGAGCUCAAGAAAGAGUGCUUACUAUUAAAAGAACGAAAAUCUGAAAUAGAAGACCGAAUCCAAGACUCUGAAAAGAAAUAUGAAGACUUAUGGUUGGAGGCUAAAGCUAGAUAUGAAAGUAUUCCGUUUGUACAAAAAUUGCUCCAGGCACAAAACAGAACUCAAACUAUCAAAGAAGACCUUUCCAAUUUAAUACACGAAUCUGAAGAUUUAAGUAAAGAAAUUGAAAAAAAGAGACAAUUCUUAGCUAAUUUAAAUAAACAACGUAUAGUAGAACUUGCACAGUAUAUAGUUCAUGAUUUGCCUAAAGCUAAGAAAACCAUACAAGAGAAAACGCAAUCCAUAUGCGAAAUAAUAAAAAAUAUCGAUGAAAUGGUUAAGAAACAGGAGAGUUCAUUAGAUAAUUCUAAAGUUAAGGGUACUACAACAUCUAUAAUCAAUCCCAAAGAGGCGAGUGUAAUUGAAAAUCUGAAUAACGCAGCAGAAGAUGGAUGGUUUAAUUUUGGCCAAGCUGAUAAGCCACAUUCAUUACCAAUGCCGCAAAUACAGCUAAUUCAAUCAGAUUUUGAGGCUUUGAGUGCUAAAUUGGACAAGAUUAAAAUGAAUAAAAUAGAAAUUUUCAAUAUAACGCCUACCAAGAGAGCUGAUCCUAUUGAACCAGAUACAGGAAUUUACAAUAAGAAACUUAAAAUGGACGAAGAAAUUUCUAAAGAUUUCAAAGGAACAGUUAUAGAAGACAGGGAUUAUGGGGAUGCAAAGGAAACGGAAAAACAGGAAAACUACUCGAAACGGAAAUUAAUAAAUAUUUUGGAAGACAUAAAGCUUGAUAAUGAUGAUGCUUAUAAAAUUGUAUCGAAGGUCAAUCCUGACACACUCAAAGAUGUAGAUAAAAUUGGUGCAAGUAUUAAUAACAAGAAACAAAUUUCAAACUUAAGAAAAGUAGAGUUUAAUGAAGUUAUAGAAGAAAUCGAUUUAACAAAGAGUUCAGAAAAUAUAUUGGUGCCACCUACACAAUUUUUGGACUUCGGAGAGGAGAAUAAUAAGAAGGUAUGUUUUGAUAUUCCUAUGAAGAUACAGGAAAUAAAUGAAGAAAAUGGGAAUGAAGGUGAUCCCAUGGUUCCUAUUCAAGUAGCGACAAACGAAAACGAUGUAAAUGAAACAUUUGAAAGUGAAGUUGAUGUGAAUCUAGUGAGUAACGACAGUUACAACAAGAUGAAAGAUAUGAUAUUGAAGAAACACAACUUGGACUUAUCACCGCAAUUUGUUUAUGCUAAAAGAAGUGCUAACUUGCAAACGGCAAAACAAACUGAUGACAAAAUUGUCACAUCCAAAUUCUUUCAAUCUGAUAAACCUGAUACAAUGGCUAAAAAUGAAAACAUGCUGGAAGUCACUGAGAAUUCACCACAGAGUGGAAAUGCAUCAGUACAUCAAAAGCGAAAUAAUGAGGAGCAAAAUAUGGAAGUAGAUGAAGUAGUUGUAUCUAGCCCAAAGGCAAUACAAAAACAAGAAAAAUCAUACACUGGUUUACUUUUUAAACAUGAUGCACAAGGCAUUCCUGAUUCUUUAAAUGUGUCAGUGAGUACCACAGGAUUUGAAGAGGGUGAUCCAGACUUCCCACAUUGUAUUGAUUCCAGUUUACUUUUAUCUCCUAAAGCUGAUUAUCCUUUGCCUGCAAGUGGAGACAACGUUGAAGUUUCAUCUCAAGAGGUCCCUAAUUUUCUGUCAGGUUUCAGAAAAACUGCAUUUUCUUUCUUUGGACAAUCUGCUGUAAUAUCAGAUUCUAAAGCAAAUACAAGUGAACAAAAUCAAAACAAUUUUAAUUUCAAUUUUGGAGGAGAUGAGAAGAGAGGAAGAGGAGGUUUAUUUAACAUGUUUCAUUAG